AUGCCUGGACCAGAAGGGGAGUCGCCUACGGAAGAGUUGGGUGCUCAACCAUCUGCUCAACCAUCUGUCAAGAUACCAGACGACAACAAUGACUUCGUGCCUCGUAUGGAUGAAAAGACAGUGGGCCUAUCGGGCUUGCUACCGAGACAUUGUUUGAAUGACGACGUAAUAUAUAUUGUCAGGCUGAGCUCCCUGCCAAAGCCGACACGCCUUCUGGAGAACUGCGUCGCCAAAACCUACGAUCCGCUGCGUCGAAGUCAGAAUAUCGAUCAAAUGAAGAUACUAGCCAGGAGACUUAUCGUGGCCGUCAGCCACAAUUGGGUUGAUGAGGGGUGGGUAGCCCAAGAACUUGAACAGACCGGCGGCACUGACUGUAGAGUGUCGAAGUCAAAAUUAGUUCUGUCACUUUGUCUGGAUAAUCAAAUUCACGAUGUUGUACCUAGAUCAAUAGAACUCAAGUGUAUGCUAUUGUUGUUCACCUCACUAUGCUUCUUGAUUGAAUACUCCUAUGCACCGUAUACUAGUAGAAUUGCUCAGUGCCUUAGUAGGGCCCAAUCCCAAGCCCGUCUCCUCGUUGCACAUAAUUUGUACUUCUUCCUCUUUUCUCUUCAAUCACACGCACUCACUUUCCCAACCAAUCCAAUCACAAACCAACACAUAACAACCACCACCACAACCACGCCUCUGACCCCUGAAACCAUUGCGGACCACCUCAGCGCCCUGGCGGCCCGGUCCCGCAAGCGAAAAAACACCUACGCCAUCCAACGGGGUCUAGAUGCGUGUGCCGACCGCCUGUUGGCACAUGCGGCAGACAAAACCUCCUCCACGAAGCGGCGGCGCAUAAUGCCAAGCGAACGGCACAAGGUGGCGUGGAAGAUGUGGAGGGCGAGCGGGCUCGCAGAGUUGGGGACAAGAGAGCGGGAGAAAGCGAGGGAGUGGUGGAUUGAGGCGCGGGGGAUGAGGGAGCGGUUGAUGACGGGGAGGAUGGGGAGGAUGCACGCGCCGGUUCUAGUGCCGAAGAAGAAAGGGAUUCGCAGGACUGUCGCGUUAGCGGCCUGGGGGAGACGCCGUGAGUUCUGGCGGAGUAAGGAUGACGCUGUACCGGAGAGGUGGGUGGCGCGUCUCGUUAUUCCCGAGAGAGAACGUGGACUGCGGCCGAGGAGGCGGUUUAGGGUGGAGGGAUGCCGGGAGCACGGGGGGGUGAAGGACUGGUGUCCUUUGAAGGUGGAAUUGGGGCGGGCGGCAGUAGUGGGGGAAGGGAGUGAGGACGAGGAGGUGGAGGAGAAGGAAAAGGAGUGGCGGGAGGGGGAGGAUGAGGAUGAGGAUGAAGUUGAAGACGAGGAGGAUGAGGAUGAUGAGGAUGAUGAUGAGGAGAACGAGGAAGACGGCAUCCCCUCCGGGUUGCCAGAAUGGUGA